UAGUCUUUCUUGAAUAUUUGCAUUGCAAUAAACAAACAAGUAGUCAGUCAGCCUCCUCCAAUAUAUGUAUUUUUUCCUUUUGAUCAUUAGUAGGAUUAGAUUGGGUUGUGUUGCAUAUUAAUCUCUCUCCCUCUCUCUCAAUCUCUCAGUUUCCUCCCACUUGUGAUGCCUCGGGACAGGGAUCCUCUUGUUGUUGGGCGUGUUAUAGGGGAUGUUUUGGACCCCUUUACAAGGUCUAUCUCUCUCAGGGUGACCUACAGCAGUAGGGAAGUUACCAAUGGUUGUGAGCUCAGGCCUUCUCAAGUUGUCAUCCAACCUAGGGUUGACAUUGGUGGUGAUGACCUUAGGACCUUCUACACUCUUGUUAUGGUGGACCCUGAUGCUCCCAGCCCAAGUGACCCAAACCUAAGGGAAUACUUGCAUUGGUUGGUGACUGAUAUCCCAGCAACCACUGGAGCAAGCUUUGGGCAAGAGGUGGUUUGUUAUGAGAGUCCGAGGCCAUCAAUGGGAAUCCAUCGAUUCGUUUUGGUGUUGUUUAGACAGUUGGGAAGGCAAACAGUGUAUGCUCCAGGGUGGCGUCAGAAUUUCAACACUCGGGACUUUGCGGAGCUUUACAAUCUCGGCUCUCCUGUCGCCGCUGUUUAUUUUAACUGCCAAAGGGAGACCGGCUCAGGAGGCCGAAGACGAUGAAUCACAUCAUCAUCAUCAUCAUCAUAUAUUAUACUAUACUAUCACUGUUUAGUUUAAUCUAUCUAUAUAUGUCUCUCUUUACUGUUUGUGUCUAAAUCUAUCUUUACACAUUGAAGAGGUUGCCUGAAAGUUGAAACCGCUCACUAGGUAGAUCAUGUGUACUUGGACUUGUAUCAAAUUAAAAGAUGCAUGUUGCAAUGCUAUUAAUUAUAUAGAUAGAUAGAUAGAUAGGGAGAGAGAGAGAAAGGAGGAGGGGGCUAGCUAUCAAGCGUGUGGAACCAAAUAUGUUGGAAAUGUAUACGCACGUCUAACAAAUACAUAUAUUAUAAUAAAAUGAAUGAUAAUUUA